CUUGGGCUCAGUCCCGUGGAGAAGGGCAAAGAGUGGUGCUCCCGCCUCACAACCAAUCAUCGGAGCCGCCAGUGGUGCUCACAGCUCACACUUGAGAUUAAAGCUCGGAGUCGCCACCCGGACCCACGCCAGGGCCGGGACAGGGACCGCCAUUCCCGCAGCGGCUUCUACUCCCGCCCGGCUCAGCCCACAGAGGGCAAUGGUGGCGCCCCCGCUGAGGAGACGGGCUGAGGUUGGUGUGACCUUUGAGGACAUUGCCCUGUACUUCUCCAGGGAGGAAUGGAGCCUCCUUGAUGAGGGUCAGAGACAGCUGUACCUGAAUGUGAUGCUGGAGAACUUUGAACUUAUAUCCUCGCUGGGUUGCUGCUGUGGUGCAGAGAAUGUGGAGGCCCUGACAGAACAGAAGGUUUCUGUAAGAUUGUCACAGGCACGGAAUCCCAAGUUAGCCUUGUCUUCCCAGAAGAGCCACCCCUGUGAGAGUUGUGGGCUAGUCUUGGGAAACAUUUUCCACGGGAUGGAACUGCAGGGAACACAACACAGACAGAUACUGUUGAGGUGUGGGGCAUGUGCAAAAUGGUUUUACUUCCGUGCAAAAUUUCACCAGGAACAUGUGAGAGAGAAGACUUUCACUAGAGGUGUGGACAGGAUGUCACUUGCAAACAGCUGCAAUUUCAGUGUGUGCCAGAAUCGUUUCACAUGCGGGGAGGUUGGGCUUAGUGUACUUACUGGGUCAGGACAUCUCCACCUAAAGGCUACUCAGACCAGGGACAGUCCAGAUCCCAUUUUGACGUGUGGCAUGACAUUUCAAAGGAGAAAUAAUUAUUACAGUAGAAAAGAUUGUAAGGGAGACAUUAGUUACACCCCCUCAUUUAAUCAUGGAGAAGGUGUUCAUCUUGGAAGUCGAUGUUUUAUGUCCUUUGAAUGUGGAAAAUAUUUUACCAAAUUUUCUAGCUUUCAUUAUCAACAGAGAGGUCAUACUGGAGAAUGGCCUUAUCACUCCAGUGAAUGUGGGAAAUCUUUUACCGAGAGCCCUGCCCUUUGUAAUGAUCAGACACUUCUUAAAGGAGAAAAGCCUUAUAAAUGCAGUGAAUGUGAGAAGUCUUUUAUUGCUAAGAGCAUCCUUCAUCGUCAUCAGAGAGUUCAUACAGGAGAAAAGCCUUAUCAAUGCAGUGAAUGUGGGAAAGCUUACACCACUAGCACUAAUCUUUCUUAUCAUCAGAGAGUGCAUACUGAUGAAAGACCUUAUCAAUGCAGUAAAUGCAGAAAAUCUUUUACCAUUAGCACCCAACUUCGAAUUCAUCAGAGAGUUCACACUGGAGAAAAGCCUUAUCAAUGCAGUGAAUGUGGAAAAUCUUUUACCUAUCGCAGUGGUCUCCAAUAUCAUCAGAGAGUUCACACUGAAGAAAAGCCUUAUCAAUGUAGUGAAUGUGGAAAAUCUUUUAUCACUACGGCCGACGUUCAUCAACAUCAGCGUACUCACAGUGGAAAAAAGCCUUAUAAAUGCAGUGAAUGUGGAAAAUCUUUUAUCACUAGUAGUGACCUUCAUUGUCAUCAGCGUAUUCACACUGGAGAAAAGCCUUAUAAAUGCAGUGAAUGUGGAAAAUCUUUUACCACUAGUAGUGACCUUCAUUGUCAUCAGCGUAUUCACACUGGAGAAAAGCCUUAUAAAUGCAGUGAAUGUGGAAAAUCUUUUACCACUAGUAGUGUCCUUCAUUGUCAUCAGCGUAUUCACACUGGAGAAAAGCCUUAUAAAUGCAGUGAAUGUGGAAAAUCUUUUACCCAGAGCACUACUCUUCGUUUUCAUCAGAGAGUUCACACAGGAGAAAAGCCUUAUAAAUGCAGUGAAUGUGGAAAAUCUUUUACUACUAAAACCAUCCUUGAUCGACAUCAGCGAGUUCAUAGUGGAGAAAAGCCUUAUAAAUGCAGUGAAUGUGGGAAGUCUUUUAUGCAGAGCAAUGCUCUUAGUAAUCAUCAGAGAGUUCAUUCGGGAGAAAAGCCUUAUCAAUGCAGUGAAUGUGGGAAAUCUUUUACCACUAAGUACAUCCUUCAUGAACAUCAAAGAGUUCAUACAGGAGAAAAGCCUUAUAAAUGCAGUGAAUGUGGAAAAUCUUAUAAAAGUAGCAAUGGUCUCCAAUAUCAUAAGAGAAUUCAUACAGGAGAAAAGCCUUAUAAAUGCAGUGAAUGUGGGAAAUCUUUUGCACGGAGCCAUACCCUUCAUUGUCAUCAGAGAGUUCAUACAGGAGAAAAGCCUUAUAAAUGCAGUGAAUGUGGAAAAUCUUUUGCACAAAGCACUGCCCUUCGUGAGCAUCAGAGAGUUCAUAUAGGAGAAAAGCUUUAUAAAUGCAAUGAAUGUGGGAAAUCUUUUACCCUGAAAUAUAGCCUUCGUUGUCAUCAGAGAGUUCAUACAGGAGAAAAGCCUUAUAAAUGCAGUGAAUGUGGAAAAUCUUUUACCCAGAGCAUUACCCUUCAUUUUCAUCAGAGAGUUCACACAGGAGAAUAGCCUUAUAAAUGCAGUGAAUGUGGGAAAUCCUUUACACGGAGUGAUUCUCUUCGUCGUCAUCAGAGAGUUCACUCUGGAGAAAAGCCUUAUAAAUGCAGUGAAUGUGGGAAAUCUUUUGCACGGAGCACUGCCCUUCAUUAUCAUCAGAGAGUUCAUACAGGAGAAAAGCCUUAUAAAUGCAGUGAAUGUGGGAAAGCUUACAACACUAGGACUAAUCUUCAUUGUCAUCAGAGAAGAGUUCACACUGAAGAAAAGCCUUAUAAAUGUAGUGAAUGUGGAAAAUCUUUUACACAUAGCAGUAGUCUCCAAUAUCAUCAGAGAGUUCACUCCGGAGAAAAGCCUUAUCAAUGCAGUGAAUGUGGAAAAUCUUUCACACAUAGCAGUAGUCUCCAAUAUCAUCAGAGAGUUCACUCUGGAGAAAAGCCUUAUCAAUGCAGUGAAUGUGGAAAAUCUUUUACCACUACUAGAAACCUUCAUUGUCAUCAGCGUAUUCACACUGGAGAAAAGCCUUAUAAAUGCAGUAAAUGUGGAAAAUCUUUUGCACGGAGCAGUAAACUUCGUUAUCAUCAGAGAGUUCAUACGGAAGAAAAGCCUUAUAAAUGCAGUGAAUGUGGGAAAUGUUUUAAAGGUAUCAGUGGUCUCCAAUAUCAUCAGAGAGUUCACAAUGGAGAAAGCCCUUAUGAGUGCAAUUAAUAUGAGGUAUCUCUCAGCCAAAUUUCUAAAUUUGCUCUCCACUAGAGUACAAAUGUGAGAAAUUUCUUAGAUGAGUAGGAAAUGUAUUUUCUUAGUUAGAACUUAACAAUAGUACAAGAAAAUUUGUUAAUCCUCAUUUUUCUGAAUUAUAUCCUAUACAUUUAAUCACCUAUCUUUUGUAAAGUUCCCAUAAGUGUUUUUGCUGUUCUAUGUGUGUGUUUUUAUGUUGGAACACUAUGUAAUUAUGUUGUACGUUCUAACAUACAGAGAUGUCCUGCCA